AUGGAGGGCAGGGGGGAGGAGCAGCAGAAGCCCAGUGUUGGUGGUAGAUGGGAAGAUAUAGAAGGUAAGCACUCUUGGGAAGGCCUGCUUGAUCCUUUCGAUUCCACUCUCAAAUCCGAGAUUCUCAGGUAUGGGGAUUUCGCAAGGGUAUGUUAUCAUGCAGUAGUAAACGAGCGAAGUCGAAAAGGAAAUUUGCUGUUACAGGAGUCCGAUAAUUUGCAGAAUUGCGGCUAUGAAAUUACCGAAUCCAUAUUUGUGAGUGUUCCCUCGGUGAUGUCCUACAUAACUCGGGGACCCAGAAUGAGGACUGUUUGGUGUGGGUUCAUUGCCGUUUGCACUAACGAAAAUGAAAUAAGGAGACUUGGACGGCGUGAUAUCGUGGUUGUGUUUAGAGGGACCGGUACACCACGGGAAUGGGUUCAAAAUCUUAAACUCAAGGUAGUCGCUUGGAGCCAUCUGCCUGAUGCAAAUCCAAACCCUGAUGUCAGGGUAUGCAUGGGAUUUCUUGGGUUUUAUACAGACAAAGAAGAAUCCCUCUCUAAAUACAGUGCAAGAGACAUUAUUCAGAGUGAGAUUACAAGGUUAUUGGAAAAGUAUAAAGGGGAAAGUUUAAGCAUAACAUUUACGGGACACAGCUUGGGAGCAGCUCUCGCAACGUUGAGUGCAUAUGAUAUCAAACUGAUGCAGCCUUCAAUACCUGUCACAGUCUUCGCCUUCGCCUCCCCGCGGGUGGGAAACCAAGCCUUCGCCUCUCAUAUGGAAAGGAUUGGAGUUAAUGUGUUACGGGUGGUAUUGAAGGGCGAUCUAAUUCCAUUGUUUCCUUCAGGGUUCUUUAAUCGGAAUAGAGAAGAACACUGUCAUGUAGGCACUGUGAUUUUUCUGGACCCCGACUCCUCCGGUGAGUUGCAACUGUGGAAAAUUGAUGCUAUGGGUCGCCACGAUUUAGGUAAUCAUCUCUACUUAAUUGAUGGGUACCAAGGGGGGAACCGGGAAUUCAUAUCUUCCGAUAGAGGUAAGAGGUAUAUUGCGAAGAAGAUUCGUAAGAGUUAG